ACGUGUGUGUUUGUGCUUAAUUUUCACAUGACCUUGCAAGUGUGGGAGAUAUAUACAGUAUUGCAAGGUAGGCAGGAGCUUAGCCUGACCCUACAGACCACCGCGAAGACGGUUUGUCAAAGCACAAAGCACAAAACAAAAUGUAGAGAGUUCUAUUCGCGCGGCCUGUGGAUUUCGCUUCUACGUUGCCCCUUCGCGGACCUAUCCUGAAGUCAAAGGGGACCCUGUGCGCGGGAUCGCAGCCCUUCGCAGCCUCCUCAGAGGCUCUCAGCAGGUUCUUCCUUUCUUUCUAUGGGAAGUGGCCAGCUGGGCCGGCGGCGCGCGCUCCCCCUGCCUCCUGCUUUGGCGCGCGCGCCUCCCAUCCGAAGGCUCCCUGCUCCCCGAGCGCGUCUCCGUUGCCUCUUUGCUCUAUCUCUCCGACGGGCGGGUUCACUCGGGAGCUCCGGCCUCGCUUGUGUAAAAAAAGGGGCGGGGGGCCGCAGCAACAUGGCGCUCGUGCCGUGCCAGGUGCUGCGCGGCGCCAUCCUCCUCUCCUACUUCUCCAUCCUGUGCAACUACAAGGCCAUCGACAUGCCCGCGCACCAGACCUACGGAGGCAGCUGGAAAUUCCUGACGUUCAUUAAUUUGGUUAUUCAAGCAGUCUUUUUCGGGAUCUGCGUAUUGACAGACCUUUCCAGCCUCCUUACUAAAGGAAAUGACAGCCAAGAGCAAGAAAGACAACUAAGAAAACUCAUUUCCCUCCGUGAUUGGAUGAUGGCUGUCUUAGCUUUCCCUAUUGGAGUUUUUGUCGUAACAAUGUUUUGGAGCAUCUACAUCUAUGACAGAGAACUAGUUUACCCAAAGCUCCUUGAUAAUUUUAUACCACCUUGGCUGAAUCAUGGAAUGAGAGAAAUCUCUUAUUUUUAGCAAGGGGCCAUAUUAACACUUUACGGAGGAACAGAGCCAUCAUUUUGGCAUCAGCUUUUGAGGUAAAUGAAAAAUAAGGGAAUAAUGUUAGCUGACUUGUUUUGUUCAAUAACAGCUAGGGUGAUUGUUCUGAGCACUUUAGGGACUGACCUCAAUAAGUUCAAGUAGUUCACAAUAAACCAUUUUAGGAAUCAUUCAAAAAUGAGUAGUUUGAGGAUUUAAUUUCUACUAUCACUAGUGACAGAUUCAUCUUAUCCUUACAACAACUCUGUAAAGAAGAACAGCAUUAAUUACAUUACAGAUAGGCAACCGAAGCUAAGAGAUAGUAUCUUCCCUAUGACUACUUAUAGUACAAGCCUUAACCAAGUCUUUUCAGAAGUAAGUCCUGUCAAAUUCAAUGGGUCUUACUGCCAGUAAGUAGAAUUAGCAGUAGCAGUUGGUGGUGUGGGGUAGGUAGAUUGGCUCUGCCACUGCAUCCGCACCACACUGAACUCCCUGCCCCUCUUCCUCUCGGUAACUGGCAGUGAUGGGAAACCAGGGGGUUAGCAUCGAGGGCUUCUUAACUUGCAUCCGAGUGCCUUGGCUACUAUGUUACAGUAAUUCUACACACUGAAUAUGAUUUUAUGCCAUGGAUGCCAUUGAAUAUUUUCCUCUCUCUGCCUUCCAUGCAACUUUCUGGCCUGAGGGGCAUGAACCCAACAGUCAUCUUUACUGUUUAUACUCAUGUGGCUCAACUGUUGACAUACCAUCCACCCAUCCAUUAACCUUGAAACUCAAGCCCUUGGUUUGUAUAAUUCUGCCAUCUUCAUGCUUAUUUGCAAUUCAUCAGUUAUUUCUUAUCCUUGCUUUAAUUACAGAUCAAAAACACAGGAAUGUUUUCAUGGAAAGAGCUAAGUAGGGUGAUAGUAUUAAAGAACAAAAUGGCUGGGAGGAACAGGCUGAGCUUUCUUAAUGGUUUUUUUUGAAUAUUUGUCCUUUUGAAAUACGUGAAUUUCCUGGUUAAUUUAAAACAAAUGCAGGUUUGGAGUGCUGUGUUGGCUGAGCUCCAAGAAGCUUUCAAGCUUAUGUGCUGGUCCUAAACAGUUUACUUAGAAACAAAUCCAGCCGAUUUCAAAAUACCGUAACCCAUUUUCAGGAUGUAACCUUACAACCAAACCCCAUCCCCACCUGUAGCUCCACAAGUUUGUUUCUAAAACUAUAGGAAAAUCCCAUAGUUAAAAGUAUAUGUAUGUAUUGCUCUUACUGCUUUGGUGUAAGCUACUGGACCAGCUUCCAAAGCAUCUAGCACAGAAUCAGGUUCUUGGUCAUAUUUGUGCCUGUGUUUGAAAAACCAACUAAUUUUAAGUAAAAUUUAUCUUCAGAACAUGUGAUCAGAAUUUUUGGAAUUCAUUUUGUAGAUUUCUCAACCUCACCCACCCACCCAUCACAGCAUGUUGCUAUGUUGUUUGAUCUAUAAAUUAGGUUAAUUUUUUAAAAAAACAAACCAUAGUAAUUGCAGGGCAGUUUCCAACACAGGAUAUGUUUUCUGGGACUUUGACAGUUAAAUGACAUGAGCUAAGUAAGAAUCUGCCACAGUUGUACUAAAAUUUCUGCUUUAAUUUUCUGAUACUGCACAUUAAGGGGAAAUAGUAACGGUGGUAUAGAAAAGAUAGAUAAAUAACUCUCUGUACACAGAGAUAGAUAGAUAUACAUAUAUUUAGAGACACAGUAUAUAGGGGUUAAAUGAUAAUGUGCUUUUAUAUUGUAUUUUUAUGAUGUGAACUGCCUGAGAUCUACAUAUGAAGGACAAUAUACAAAUUUAAUAAAAAUAAAAUAAUAACAAUGGGACCAUUUCUGAUUAAAUUAACCUCUUUACAUUUUGGCUUUUCUAAAAUAGUUUCCAGUUUAAUUGUUGCUGAGGUGUUGAAUAAGAUUGGUAUGGGUCUAUGUUGUAGUAGUGGAAUUGGAAUAAGCAGGCAAGGAUAACAAAACAACAGGGGGAGGGAAGAAAUGGGAAAUGCUAUAGGUGGUAACUUCUGAACUUGAAUUUCUAAUGAAUUAAUUAGAAUCUCUUAGAAUCAUAGAAUUGCAGAACUCCAAAGAUCAUCUAACCUUAAACACAUAUUUUUCAUAGCAGUGCACUUUUGAAGGUCCGUAUUGAAGUGGUCAAGAAGAGAUGAGUGUGUAUCAUUUCACACUUACUUGCAUUGAGUUGCAUUUCCCAUUUACCCAGUUUGCAUAGAUACCUGUUGAUACCUCGUCUAAAAGGUUAGAUAGAUCAUACGUAUGUCUGCAGAACCCAUGCUGCCUCUACUUCACCAAGACUUGUUUUUCUAUAUGCUUUUAAAUUCUAUCUUUACUAAUGCUUUCCACCAAUUUUCCUAGAACAGAUGUUAAGUUAACCUACCUAUAAUUUCCUGGAUCCCUUUUAUUUAAAAACAAACAAACUGGUGUUACAUUAGCCACUUUCCAGUCCUCUGAUGGCUACAGAUCUUAGGGGUAAGGUACAUAUUUUGGGUAGAAGACCAACAAUUUCAAAUUUGAGUUCUUUGAUAAAUCUUAGAUGGAUGCCAUUUGAACCUGGUGGUUUGCCCAUUUGUCAGUAAGGCAAAAGAGUUAGUCUCUUGUUACCACUAUUUGCCUUAGUUCCUCAGACUCCUUUCCUGAAAUAGUGAAGAGGAGGAGGAGGAGGAGGAGUUUGGAUUUGAUAUCCCGCUUUAUCACUACCCGAAGGAGUCUCAAAGCAGCUAACAUUUCCCUUUUCCCUUCCUCCCCCACAACAAACACUCUGUGAGGUGAGUGGGGCUGAGAGACUUCAGAGAAGUGUGACUAGCUCAAGGUCACCCAGCAGCUGCAUGUGGAGGAGCAGAGGGGCAAACCCGGUUCCCCAGAUUAAGAGUCUACAGCUCUUAACCACUACACCACACUGGCUCUUAAGUUAAGGAACAGGGAUGUACCCUAUCCUUCACUGUGAAGACAGAUGCAAAUAAAUCAUUAGGCUUCUAUUCAGUUUCCUUAUCCUCCUUUAGCACACCAGUUCCUUGUCAUCUGAAGGGCCAACAUUCAUUUUAACUAUCCUUUGCACAUGUAGCAAAUGGCAUAGUGUUACCUUCAGAUUUCUUCCUUGGUAAGCAUUCAAAUCAAUUUACAAAGAUUUUUUUUUUUACCAAAAAAAGCAAUGUUCCCCAUUGCACUUAUUGAAUCCUGCUUAGUAAGCUAAAACCUGCCUAUUUACAAUUAACAAAUGUGGCAAAUAUGACUUAAUCAGACCACAAUAUGUGUGUGUGUGUGUGUGUGUGUGUGUGUGUGUGUGUGUGUGUGUGUAUACAUACAUUUCAUUUACAGUAUUUGUUUAAUUUGCUUCCACAGCAACUGGAUUCCUUCAUUUGCUUUUAGAAUAUUCUUGGUGGUAGUGUUAAGGUUGUUGUUUUUUUAAAUAAAAAACAGCCAAAAACAAACCAACCUAUGAUCAACUUGGUUUAAGUUUGGCAGGCAACAUUUCCUUCAAUUGAAGACAUAUGCAAGAGCUUUGUAGACUUACUGUCCAGUGAUCCCCCCCCCAAAAAAAGCCUUCUGCCUGUAACAGAGUACAAAAAGAAAGAAAAUCAUGUAUGGGCAAUAAUGAAAUCAAGUUACGUUUUUGUAGGUUAGCAGCAAAUCUUUCUUUCUACUUAAGGAAACGAGCAUCAUUUUUGCAAAAAGCAUUGCAUUCAAAUAAUAAAGACUGUUGAGGUAUUGCUAUAGUGGAUGUGGUUGUUGGCAUCCAUCUGUCAAUAGAAGAGCAUGCCUUCAGGGGUGAACUCAAACUGUUGGAGAGUUGCAGUGCCUGCUGUGGCUGUAGAGACCGAUGUGGGAGAGACAUGUUUUGUUGCAACUGGGGUAGAUGUAGGUGUCUGGUUGUGCUGGUGUAGGUGCACCAUGGCGUUUCUUCUUUCUGCGCUCCUCUCAGCGAUCAUUCCUCCUUUGGCCACUGCUGUGGAUCGAUGACCUGACUGAUUGUCUCCAGGCAUUGCGGUUGUCUGCAAGGGAUUCCCACAGGGCAAGUUUAAUAUUGCCCGCCUUCAUGUCAUGUUUGCAGACAUCUUUGUAGCACAGUCUGCCUACCAACUGGCCUGAUGCAUGAUGCCAGCUCCCCAUAGAGCAUGUCCUUGGGGAUCCUGCCAUCCUCCAUUCUGUGGACAUGACCAAGCCAGCAUAGACCUCACUGAGACAGGAGUGUGAACAUGCUGGAAAUGUGGGCUUGGGAGAGCACAUCUUUGUUGAGACUCUGUCCUGCCAUGUGCUCAUGGUAGAUAUUUGAAAGUGACAGUGGGCUGUCUUCAGAGGUCAGGCAGAAUGAAAUUGUGAACAUGAUCUUCUCUACCUCCUGGCUUACUGAGUAGAUCCAUGCACACGGCAAGUCAUUACUUGGUAAAUUGUUGCCUAUAUACACUCAACUGUUGUAUGCCUCAACUGGGAGGCAAACAAGUGGCCACAGCACCUUGCAGAUACCUACUUUUCAUAAGACUUACUUCCACAACUUCUUCAAACAUUAAAUAAUGCUGUUCUCCUGGUGUGAUCUUUGCCUUUCCUUCCUUCUUGAAACAGCUUGCUCCCAUGAAGUAGACUACAAUGAAUGGUGUCAGGUGCUAAUGUUUGCUUCAUUUGCAGUUGGGUAGGUGUGGGCAAUUAUUUUCAUGAAUUGGGAUGUUCACUAUGACAAUUUGUUGAAAACCAUGACCUCAGAAGAUUGCUUGCUCUACAAGAUCGGAGGAACUACUGACUGGUUGGUUCAUGGCAUACCAAUGCUAAAGUCUUAAUACAAAUGUGGGAUGUUCCAUUGUACUCUAACAAACAUUUCCUGUGAACAGGGUGGAUUUGAUUUAAAUCAAACUGAUUUAAAUCACGAUUUAAAUCACGAUUUAAAUCACUAGUCAGUAAGGCUUGAUUUAAAUCAUUUGUUGUUGUUUAGUCGUUUAGUCGUGUCCGACUCUUCGUGACCCCAUGGACCAUAGCACGCCAGGCACUCCUGUCUUCCACUGCCUCCCGCAGUUUGGUCAAACUCAUGUUGGUAGCUUCGAGAACACUGUCCAACCAUCUUGUCCUCUGACGUCCCCUUCUCCUAGUGCCCUCAAUCUUUCCCAACAUCAGGGUCUUUUCCAAGGAUUCUUCUCUUCUCAUGAGGUGGCCAAAGUAUUGGAGCCUCAGCUUCACGAUCUGUCCUUCCAGGGAGCACUCAGGGCUGAUUUCCUUAAGAAUGGAUAGGUUUGAUCUUC